AUGCCUCCAAGAGUCCAAAAACACACGAGGGAGUCCAAAGUGCGAGACAUCCAAAAAAGUCUUGUUCGGAGAGCCCGUUUGAGAAAGGACUACUUCAAAGCUUUGAAAGAAGAAGGAUAUACUGCACCAGAGAAACAAGAGAGUAAGACAAAGCGCAGUUACCGUGAGGUUCGGGAACAAGCUACUGCAGCAAAUAGAAAGAAGCUUGAUGAAAAAAAGGAGAUGAAGAAAUUACGAGGAAGAAUGGAGUAUCAAAAGGCUCAGGAAAAAAGGAAAACCGAGCUACAAAAGAUUAACGAAGCUAAAGAGAGGGAGAAGCAACGGAAUCAAAGGUCUAAAAAGGUUACACAGCGUACCAGGUCUGGCCAGCCGCUAAUGGGACCUAAAAUAGAAGACCUUCUCAGUAAGAUCAAAGCUGAUGACACUUACACAAACUAG